AAUGGGAGCCCAGUCUCCGCCGCGCGUACUUCGUCGAGACAGCAACGGGCCGCUCGCAGUGGGAGACACCCAUGCAGGACUCCGAGCACGCCAGGGGACUGAGCGGGCCCCCGCCUGAGUCGGCUGGGUACUAUGCUUCUCCGCCGCCGCCGGCCCAGGACGGGGGCUACUAUCCCUCUCCCGGGGGAGAGUAUCCGCCUCCGGAAGAGAAGAAGAAGAAGUCCAGCGGGAUGGGGAAGAUCAUUGCUGGUGGUGUGGCCGGUGUGGCGCUCGGUGCGGCCGGUAUGGCGCUGUGGGAGCAUGAGAAGCGUGAGGAUGAAGAGGAGGAGGAGCUCAAGGAGCGGGUUGAAAGGUUGGAGGAGGAGCAGUACCGUUCUGGCUCGAGCUCGGAUCAUGAGGAGCAUGCUCACUCGCCUCCUCCGGAUGACUGGUAG